AUGAAGUUCAUCUCAAUUGAAUUGCUAAAAUCCAAUGAAAACAUCAAAAAUCAUCAAUUGAUAUUUGACAUUUCGCCUCAAUCAGGAUGCACUUUGAAGCUAGAGCGGCGAGACCCGCUGAAUCUCAAAGACCUCAAUCUGUUGCAGGGUAACACAUAUGGCAUCUCACCAACCACCAACCAAUGCUCUGCCAUAUGGAACAGGAUUCUGCAGUGCAUCCUUGCCGCUGUCACGAGGGACAUGUAG